UGGGGGUACAGGGGUGCUUCUGGGUGGCUGGCAGCAGCCCAUUUCUUGUCCCUGUGGUAGGACAGCUAUGCAUCUCUGUUUUGUGUACUUUUCAAUGUUUGUUAUCUCACAAUAGAAGAGGUUUAAAAAACUAUUUUGUCAAGAGAUCAAGUUUUAAGUGCUUUUCCCCCAUCAUUGGCUUGACUGGGUUAGAACAAAAUGUGGUAAUUCUAAUACUAUUUCUUUUCUUCUUUCCCCUCUUUCUCUCCUCUCUCUUCGUCUCCCUCUCCCUCCUUCCCUAUUUCUUCUUAUAGGAAUGGAAAAGAAGCUCUAUUCCUAUAAGUUUUGUAUUUCUCCUUUUUUUCUGAAACUAUCAUUGUAUAACGGACGGGUUCUGCUGAGACUUACUGCGUGUCUGGUGAUGUGCUGAAAACUCAGCAUUCAUUGCAGCAUGUCAUUGCCACAAAGGCCUCAUGAGGCUGGUGCUAUUCUUUUUCCCAUUUUGCAGACAAGGCUUAGAAAGAUUGAAUCACCUGCUUAGGCCCGCUCACCCAUCUCCUGUCGGCAAAGUGAAAGAAGCUGUGAAGGCGGCCAUUGACGCAGGAUAUCGCCACAUUGACUGUGCCUAUGUGUAUCAGAAUGAGCAUGAGGUGGGGGAGGCCAUCCAAGAGAAGAUCCAAGAGAAGGCUGUGAAGCGGGAGGACCUCUUCGUUGUCAGCAAGUUGUGGCCCACUUUCUUUGAGAGACCCUUCGUGAGGAAAGCCUGUGAGAAGACCCUCAAAGACCUGAAACUGAGCUAUCUGGAUGUCUAUCUUAUUCACUGGCCACAAGGAUUCAAGUCUGGGGAUGACCUUUUUCCCAAAGAUGAUGAAGGUAAAAUGAUAGGUGGAAAAGCAACGUUCUUGGAUGCCUGGGAGGCCAUGGAGGAGCUGGUGGAUGCAGGGCUGGUGAAAGCCCUUGGGAUCUCCAAUUUCAACCACUUCCAGAUCGAGAGGCUCUUAAACAAACCUGGACUGAAAUAUAAACCAGUGACUAACCAGGUUGAGUGCCACCCCUACCUCACACAGGAGAAACUGAUCCAGUACUGCCACUCCAAGGGCAUCACCGUUACAGCCUACAGCCCCCUGGGCUCUCCGGAUAGACCUUGGGCCAAGCCAGAGGACCCUUCUCUGCUGGAGGAUCCCAAGAUUAAGGAGAUUGCUGCAAAGCACAAAAAAACUGCAGCCCAGGUUCUGAUCCGUUUCCAUAUCCAGAGGAAUGUGAUUGUGAUCCCCAAGUCUGUCACACCAGCACGCAUUGUUGAGAACAUUCAGGUCUUUGACUUUAAACUGAGUGAUGAGGAGAUGGCAACCAUACUCAGCUUCAACAGAAACUGGAGGGCCUGUAACAUACAGCACUCCGUUCAUUUGCAGGAACAUCCCUUCCACGCAGAAUAUUGAGGUUGACUCUCCUGGUGACAUUACGUAGGGGAUUCUCUCUCUUCGCUGAAGUGUGACUAUCUCCACUCAAGUUCUAUUUUAGCCAAGCUUAUCUGAGGUCACAGUGAACUUGGUCCUGUUGUAGGACAGAAUCGAGGUGCUGUUUUAGAUUUUUAUUUCUGUAUGUUCAACUAGGAUCAGAAUAUCACAGAAAAGCAUGGCUUGAAUGAACAAAUGACAAUUUUUUCCACUUAUCUGAUCUCAACAAAUGUUUGUCAAGCAACAGAAAUUCUGCCAGCACUAAGGGUAUAAAGACAGAUAAUAAAAAAUAAUUAUCAUA